AUGAGUUUAGCUUUUAAUAUGCAACGAUUGGUGUUUCGUAAUUUGAAUGUAGGGAAGUACAUGUUUAAGAACGUCCCCUUAUGGAAGUCAAAGGGUAGCAUUAAGCUGACAAAGCCCUUAACCCGCUCUAUCGGGUUAGCAGGUGCUAGUGUAGCUGCUGGUGGGCUCUUCCUACUGAAUUUUCAACCUUCCAGGUUGAUAUUCAACGAUUCUGUGGGUGGAGCUAUGAAACGAUAUGGCGUUCAAGGAUCCUUGGAAUCAAAAGUGGGAAACACAGCAAGCAUUGCGGAGGAAAGAAGGAACAAAGUAAGCAGUCACAAGCAAAUGUUCCUGGGAUCUUUAUUUGGUGUUAUUUUAGGGGUUACGGUGGCUAAGAUAUCCAUCUUGUUCAUGUAUGUUGGUAUUACAAGUAUGCUAAUUUGUGAAUGGUUGCGGUAUAAGGGUUGGAUUCGUAUCAAUUUAAAAAAUAUUAAGUCUGUCAUUGUUUUGAGAGAUGUAGAUCUGAAAAAACUGCUUAUUGAUGGGUUAUUAGGUACGGAGUAUAUGGGUUUUAAAGUGUUCUUUACGAUGAGUUUCAUACUAUCAAGCUUGAACGCCAAUAAAUGA